AUGGCUUCUGGAACUUUGUGCAAAAUAUUUUGUGGAAUAACUUACAUAGAAAAUUCAAAUAAUCCAUUUCAUACUCUUGACCUUUAUCUUCCUUUGCAAAGUAAUUAUCAUAAUGACACCAAUAAAGAACUAGCUACAACAAAUCCUCCUUCACUUCUAGUAUGGAUACAUGGUGGUGCCUGGCGUUCAGGAGACAAAAAAGAUCACACCUUGACCGCUGAAAACCUUUCAAAACUUGGUAAUAUUGCAGUCGCAGUAAUUAAUUAUCGUCUGAAUCCACGAACUUUCACUCCUGAUGGAAUAAAACAUCCAGCACACAUAAAUGAUGUUGCUAGCGCACUAAAAUUUCUUUGUAAGAAGGGUGAAGCGUUCAAUUAUAAUUCCGAAAAAAUCUAUUUAGCGGGACAUAGUGCUGGUGCAUUUAUGACCGGACAACUUGUUUUUUGCCCCGAAUAUAUUGAUGAUGACGAUGUGUACGCGCGAAUUUGCGGUGUUAUAGGAAUGGAAGGAAUUUAUGAUAUUCCAAGGUUAUUAGCCACUUGGCCUACUUAUAUUGAUUUCGUCGAGGCUGCGUUUGGCAAAGACGAAAAAAUUUAUAAAGACGCGUCGCCUCAAUACCAUUCGUUGAAAAAAUUCAAUAAUGAACAUGUAAAAAAAAGAAUCCCGCCUCCUUAUUUAAUUAUAUAUUCGUAUGAGGAUGAGCUUAUUGAUUUUGAGCAGUCGCGAAGUUAUCAACAACAUGUUUGUGAAGAAGGUGGUGUUUAUGUGGAGAUUGAAACUAGUUUACUCGGAAAACACGAUGCAAUUUUGGAAACUGAAGCAUUGCAUAAAAGAAUUAUCGAAUUUAUUUCAAAGUUUAAAUAA